AUGGUAGAGUUUGCCAUUAACAACUCGGUGCAUGCGUCCACGACACAUACACCGUUUUACGUGAAUGGCUUGCGCCAUCCUCGUGUACCCACCUUACUCGGGUGUAACUCUGGUUUAAGGGGGGGAGGGACUCGCGCGAGCAAAAACCGAUUUGGUUCACGCUCAUCACGCUCUGACGAAGAAGUCAUUGCGUUUGAUGCCGAUAUCGAUAACAUCGAUAUUGAAGAAGAUGAUGCCAGUGAGAGUGCGGAAGCCCUCACUGAAGAAGAUGAUCCCAGUGAGAGUGCGGAAGCCCUUACUGAAGAAACGAUUGAUGUCGCUGCAGUGCACUCACAGCGCACUGAAGCUAACGAGUCAUCAGAUGAGUUCAUACUGGCUCGUGAAACGGGAGUCCGUUUUGUGCAAGACUCCAUCGCCGAAGCGGUGGAUAAGCAAAAAAGAAAAACGCUGACAAGAAUGGAAGGGUAA